UACAAAUAUAACCCGCAGCGAGUUGGAAUCGCAAAUUAUUCUCUUCGUAAACUCCAAAAUCAACAGCUCGCCCUUCUCGCCGUGUGAAAAGUGUCCGUGAAUACGCCGCGCCCGGAACGCGAUCACUGAGUUUAUUUCCAUCCGGCCGGGAUUCGUUCUUUUUCGGUUUCGCGACGUGCAGUAUCCCCAAUAAAUGAUGGGCUCCCUCCGCGUAUCGCUGCUGUGCCUGGUGGUGGUGGCGGCUGGCCUCACGAUUUGCAGCGCUCAAAAUGAUGUUCAACCUCCAACCGUCACCACGACGACGACGACGACAACCGAGCCAACCACGACGCGUGCAUCGACAACCACCGAACCUCCUAAAACCACGACAGUUGAUCCAACAACAUCGACUACUAAGCCUACUACAACAACCCCCAAGCCUACUACAACAACCUCUAAGCCUACAACAACGACCGCUGAGCCUACCACCCCUUCGACCACAGAUGCACCCAUCACAACAACGGCCGUUCCGCCACAGCCAACCCCAACGCCUGAGCCCGUGAUGGGAACCUGGACUUACGCUGAAAACAACAAAACCUGCGUCAUCGCCCAAAUGGCCAUGCAGUUCAACUUGAGUUACUACGACGACGCAAACGUAACCCGUACGGUGCUGUACAACAUCCCGAGCAAUGCCACGGUAAAGUCUGGAUCGUGUGCGAACGAGACGAAUUUCAUUGAGCUGCAGUGGCGCACGAGUGAGACGAGCAGCCAGGAUAGUACGCUGAAAAUUGUGUUUGCGCUCAAUUCUACCGAAAAAGAUUUCGCUCUCACUGAGUUGAAGCUCAAUUUGACCACCGCGGGCCCGGCAUUCCCGAAUGCAAAGGCUGGCGAAUAUGUGGUGCUUAGUAACAAUCAGACGCUGUUCAAAACGCCGCUCAAGAUGUCGUACCACUGCAACAAGGCGCAGGUACUGAACAUGACCGUCAACGCGACCGGACUAGGACAGCCGACGGUCGUCGUGACGAAGCUGCAGCUUGAGGCGUUCCAUGAGAAGGGAACCAACAAGUUCUCCAUCGCCAAGGACUGUGAGGCCAUCGAUACACCCGAUAUUGUGCCGAUUGCCGUAGGCUGUGCACUGGUGACGCUGAUCAUCAUCAUGCUCAUUGCCUACUUGGUGGGACGCAACAGUGCCAGCGGUCAGGGAUAUGUUAGCUUUUAAGGAAUAAUUUCCGAUUGCGAAGGGCAAGCUGUGAAGAAAACCACUACCACGGAGCGGAGCGGUGUUGCUGUUUUUGGCUGAAGGAAAGGGUACCUCGGACUUUCCCCUUCCCCUACCCCGGUUAAUCUGCUGAAGGCAAUGCUUCGAUCCAUCUGUAGCUGGCGCUGAAGGAACCGCGCAUUGUGUUGCGCGAUUAAAGCAAAGUUCGAACGUGAUAAAAGGCCAAUGAUUAUGAUUUUUUGCACCUUUGCCCAAGCAGACUAAUGCACACCACACACUCACGUACACAUGCCAGUCGCCAUUAUGAAGCUCUUGUUUGCCCUGGCCCGGAUGGUCCAUUUUUUUUCUUUUCAUUUUCUUUCCAAAACGAUCAGCCUGAGAUAUAGAGAGACGUACAAUACGAGGUAAGAGGCCUGAGGUGUGUGCGGGCAUCAAUUAGCGACAUUCAAACGAAGGGGAAGCAUCUAACUAGUGUCCGUUGUUGAAAUUUUUACGAUAAAAGUAAGGAGAGAACCAUUAAACAUUCGACUGAGAAGCAGAACGUAGCAGAGAGAAUAUGCAAGCUUACUGAACAAACAAAGGUCGUCGUCGUCGUCGUCGUCGAGGGGCGUAGAACUGGAAGAACUGGUGGAAAACACAGGAACACACAUCCCUAAAUUCUACAUUCAUACCGUUUACUGGCAAAAGAAAAGUUGUCUGUAAUAAUAGCGUAAUUUUUAUGAAACACUAAAUAAAUGAAGGAAACGAGGCGA